GUGCCACGGUUAUGAACUUUGAACGUUCUUGCGGUUGAACAUCAGAGUCGAGGCUGGAGGAAAUGGAUAACUGCUUUAAAAUGAGUGGUUGAACGAUGGAGAACCUGUGCCACACCCUAGCGCCCUUGUCUCCAUGUGCCACCGUUUUCGGAGGGCCCUUCUCGCCCUCUUGUCACAUGACCUCCCUUCCCCUCUCGCCCAUCUCCUUCCCUCCAUCCCCGACCACGGCCGAGUCGCUCCCGUCCUCCUCAUCUUCCUCCUCGUCCUCCUGCUCUCCUCUUUCCAACUGUCCGGUAUCGCCGCACCUCGAGGACGACCUGACGUGCCUCAGCUGGCUGCACCAACGAGGCAACCUCCUCUCGCUCCAGCCGCUCCCCAAAGCGCCGCCGCCUCAGCCUCGAGCCGAGUCCGAACGGGAUCACGCCUCGGCCAAGCCGCCGUACUCCUUCAGCAGCCUGAUAUUCAUGGCCAUAGAGGAGUCGGCGGACAAGAAGCUGCCGGUGAAGGACAUUUACGGCUGGAUCGUGGACAAGUUCCCCUACUACAGGACGGCCAGUGCGGGAUGGAGGAACUCGGUGAGGCACAAUCUGUCCUUGAGCAAGAGCUUCUGCCGCAUGGAGAGGAACAAAAGUCAGUCGGCGGGGAAGGGGUCUCUGUGGUGCGUGAAUCCGGAGCAUCGAGCGUCGCUCCUGGAGGUUCUUCGGAAGACCCACGCCUACCACAGCAACAGCAGCAGCCUCAUAAACCAACCUGCCCUGUUGGAAGGCAUGGACUACAGUAGCAUGUCGGCAGUGUGUGACUCCAUGGAAAUGUCGGAUUGCCUCCCUCACAGCCUCAUGUUAUCCGCCCCCUCGCCCCACACUCCCAGCCCAGAUAAUCCCACUUUCGCCGACCACCCGGAUUUCCCCUUGACCCCGGACCACGAGGAGCUGGUGGCCAUCGAGCCGUUGGAAUACCAGGCGGAGGAUCUGGGCGGGGACUUGGACAAAGACCCCCUGGCCGACUGCGGCUACAUUGAGUUGCACUACUACCAGUCCCCGGAGUACCAGUACCUGGUUUUGCCCGACGAUACCGGGCUGGACCUGGAGACGGUGGAGAUCCUGCAGCUGGACACCGAGGCCCAGGAGGCGGCUGGCUCGCUGCUGGACUUAGCGGGGAGGGGCUACUAAUAAGAAUCGGAAGCGUUUUUGAGAAUUGUUUUAUUAUCAGGGACAACGCCACUGCCCAAUGAUUGCAAAAUUUGUAGAUUUCUGACAGGUUAGUGCAGAACUUUGUCAUUUGUGUUCAAGCACUUUCAAUGCACUAGUGUUAAAGCAUUUAGUCCCUAUCCUUGAUGAGGAGCCUCCUAGUGUGUGACACAUGUCUACUAGUUGGGCCAAGUAGGGUUACUAGUGCAGCAAGUUGUUGACAAGUAAGGUUCAAUCGUAACCUAAUAGGCCACAAGUAGCACUAGUAUUGGAACAAACACUACUAGUGAAACAGUUAUGCUACUGGUGUGCCCUUGUCAUUCUACUAGUCUACUGAAUUGUCUUACUAGUCAGGACAAAGAGCGUACUAGUACCAUUAAGAUGGAUAUCGAAUACAUUCUCAAACAGCUUUAUUGAAAGCAUUUGUUUGAUAUCUUUGAUAAGCAGCAUACUAAUGUGUGACACAUGCCUGCCAGUUACUAUUGCAGCACUUAGGUUUACUAAUAAGGUUCAAUUGCAUACUAGUGGGCCAAAAGUGGACUAAGUAGUUGAAAAACGCUAUUAGUAGGACACAGUCGUUCUACUAGUGCACUGAAUUGUCUGAAUAGUUGAGGACAAAGAGUAUACUAGUACAUUAAGCUGGAUAUCAAGGAUAUGAAAUAAAUGCUUCUUUCCAUUGUCAUCGCCUUCCAACUCAUGUAUCACAGAUGAUUCUUCAUAGAUUUCCUAAUUAAUGACUUAGUGUGUUUAAUGCGCACAAGCUCAUUUGAAUAAUUGUCAACAUAUUUAACAUUCAUUCAUGCAUUCCCAUACGGCUUAUCCUCGCUGGGAUUGUGGGCGUGCUGGAGCCUAUCCCAGCUAUCUUUGGGCGAGAGGCGGGGUACACCCUGAAGUGGUCACCAGCCAAUCGCAGGGCACAUAGAAACAAAGAACCAUUCGCACUCACAUUCACACCUACGGGCAAUUUAUAGAGUCUUCAAUCAACCUACCACGCAGGUUUUUGGAAUGUGGGAGGAAACCGGAGUACCCGGAGAAAACCCACGCAGGCACGGGGAGAACAUGCAAACCAGAUUUGAACCCUGGUCCUCAGAACUGAGGCAGAUGCGCUAACCAGUCGUCCACCGUGCCGCCCAUAUUUAACACAUUUAAAGUAAUUCAAAAGUCAAUAGAAACCAAUUAAAUUUGUGAAA